AGAGAAUUCUUGCUUGUCUGCAUGGAGUACCGUGAAGGUUAAAGCGACCAUCGACGUCUUCUGGUGCGAGUAAUAAAGAAAAUGUGAUUUUGUGAUAAUAUGUUAGUGGUUUUUUGUGAUAUUUUCAUUAAAAUAUUAUGAGUUUUAAGAGGAUCGCGGUGUCUGUUGUGGCACUUUUGUUUAUUUGUAAAGUAGCCUCUGGUCAAGAGGAAGACGAAGGUCCAUACAAAGGAAAAUUGAUAGGAAAACUAAACUCCUACCAUCACCAAGUGUCUGGGGACAUCUACGCUGUAGACAAAUACACCAUAUUGCUCACCUCCUUUAACUAUGACGGCAAUGGAGCUGACACGUUCUUCUGGGCUGGAGCUGCCAAUAGACCUGGACCGCAAGGGUUUAUUGUUCCAGACGAACACGGAAAAACCAACGUCUUAUCCAGAUACUACAAUAAAGAAUUUACAUUAGUUCUACCUGAUAAGAAGAAAAUUACCGAUAUCAAGUGGUUUGCCAUCUACGACAUUGGCUCUCAGAAUACUUUUGCAGAUAUUUAUAUCCCGGAGGAGUUCGAACCUCCGAUGGUCCAAAGGGUCCCACAGCUGACUGGCAAGUUGAACGGUAUAUCCACAAUAGCCGUAGAAAUCCUGGAUGCUAAGCAAAUUAAGCUUAUAGGAUUCAGCUAUAGUAAUAAGGUUUCUAAGGCUUAUUUUUGGGUGGGGGUCGGGGCCCAACCUGUGUCAAAAGGUACUCAAGUACCCGACGAAUAUGGAUAUCUGGAUCCCUUGAAAUCUUAUAACAACAAAACGAUCAUUUUGGAACUACCUGGGGAACUAACCAUUUUUAAUAUAGACUGGUUUAGCAUCUUCGAUAGGGAAACGAAUACAAAUCUGGCAUCGAUUAUUAUUCCGGAAGCCCUAAACGUUCCGCCGUCUCUAAUAGAAGUUGUGCCUCACAAAGACGCUUUGCCCAAUUGUAUCCAACUGCACAAAGACUUCCAAGUGUCUUGGGAGAUAUUUGGACCAGCCAUCACCAUCCAGUUAGCAGGAAUGGUAUCGGAGAAUGAAUAUUUGUCUUUCGGUAUAUCCGGGUCCCAAGAGAGAAGUCAGAUGCUCGGUGCAGAUGUUGCCGUUGGAUAUAUCAAUGGAUAUCAAGGAUAUGCCAUUGAUUAUAAUAUAACUGCUUUAACUCCGUGCGUAAAGGUCCUGGGUCAGUAUAAGGGCGUAUGCAAAGAUGAACUUGUCGGUGGUCAAGAGAACAACCAGAUGAAUACCGCUGUGAGAGCAAACGGUGUUAACAUUAUAACGUACAGACGAUCUCUUAUUUCUUCUGAUAGCGGAGAUAAAGAAUUUCCAUCAGACGGUUCGGUGUAUGUAACAUGGGCGAUGGGAAAACUGGACGAAAAUAAAGAGCCUGCUUAUCAUGAUGUUUACCCCAAAACCGACUUAAAAAUCGAACUGAACCCAAAAGAGCCGAUAAAAAGUUGCUCCGCUUUUACGAGGUCCAAAAGAGAAAUGGAAGAUCCCUGGAGUAAAGGACAAAUUUUCGAUAAGGCCAUAAGAAUAUUCAAGGCUACGAUCGGGCCCUCCGGCGGAAAAAAAGGAUAUCAAGCAAUCACAGGACACACCUCCACGGCUCUGGCAUGGUACAUCAACGGAUUACUAGCACCAGAAUUGUGGUUACGUCGCGGUCUAACCUACCUCUUCAAAGUGAACGGAGGCAACGAUCCUCACAGUCCGGAAUAUUAUCAUCCGCUCAUCAUAACUGAUGAUCCCCACGGAGGUUACGAUCGGCUCACUGAUAUUGCACAAUCGAAAGUGCGAGUAUUGGCUGGAGUGGAGUAUUCGAGGCGAGGCAGACCUAAAUCGACUGCAAGUGGACCACUAUGCUUAUCAAAACACAAAGAUGACGCAGACAGACGCUUGGACGAUGACUUCGAAUCAUUCAAAAAAUUCAACAGAUCACUAGUCUGGUCCUGCGAACCUGGAGAUCCUGGCAUUUUGGAAUUCACCCCGAACUCUUCAUGGCCGGACAUUGUCUACUACAACUCAUUCACCCAGGCUAACAUGGGAUGGAAAAUUCACAUCAUAGACAGUUUCAAUCAACGGGCGACAAGUGAUAGUCACCAGUUAGUUAGUAACUGUUGGCUUGUAAUUGUCAUUAUGGUUUUUAUAGCGAAAUAUCUGUGAUUAAUUAGAUAUGAUGUCGUAGAUAAUUGUGGUUUGAAUGUAUGUAAAGGAAAUAAAGGUACUGUUUAUUUAUUUCUAAAA